CAGGAAUACGAUACCUCGAACUAUUGCAAUGGCUUUGAGGGAGCUGCCGUCAGCUCUGCGGAGGUUGACAACAAGAGAUGCUAGACCUGCGACUCUCUCUACAACUCGAAGCUGCAGACGGUUUGCUUCAACAGAAGCAGGGGCACAGGAGACAUCUGAGGAUUUCCAGGACCUGGAGUCCAAAUCAUCACUUCUGUCCAAUGGAGCUGUGGAUGAGAAAGUGAAGAGUUUUGAUCCGAUCAAGAGGACUCAGGGGAGAAGGACGCAGCUUCCUGCCAGUCGCUACCAAUUCAAAUCUCCAAGAUACUAUCGCGGCCCUCUACAUCCCCAUCAACCUCCUCCCAAAUCCGACCCUGCUUCCAGAGAAUUCGUCCCCGGCCCAUUCAAUAGCAGCCGUUUCGAACAGACCUACCAGGCCAUGAUCGCACCAGAUCUCAUGACCAUCGCAUACGUCCACACACCUCCUGGAACAGUCAAAGUCCCCAAAGCAGAACGACUAAGGACUUGGGACGACAGCUCUCCAUAUCACAAGGGCCGACCGAAGCGUGGACCACGAGGUCCAGGAGAGAAGUUGCGGAUCGUGGAGAAGGAUAUCACUUUCCGCAACAUCCCCAAGAUUGAGGAGGUUACAGUGCACAGUAUGGUGAAGGGAGCUAUCGACGAUUCAUCGCAUUUGCAUGUAGCGGGUAUGAUGUUGCAGGCUAUCACCGGGGUAGAGCCCGUGGUGCAUAAGGCGAAGCAUAGUGUCUCGCAGUUUGGGAUUCGUGAGCAGAUGCCGAUUUCAUUGACAUGUACGAUGAGGGGAGACCAAGCGUAUGAGUUUGUGGAUAAGUGUAUAAAUCUGGUCUUCCCAAGGAUUAAGGAUUGGCCGGGUGUGAAGGGAUCUACUGGUGAUAGCAGUGGAAAUAUCACUUGGGGUUUCACAAGAGAGGGAGCAAUUUUAUUCCCGGAAGUUGAGAUAAACUACGAUAUGUACCCACCAAAGCUCAUUCCAGGAUUCCACGUUACGGUUAAGACCUCAGCGACUUCUGAUAGACAUGCCAGAUUACUUAUGACUGCUAUGGGUGUUCCAUUUUAUGGAAAGUUGAUUGACUAGAGGUCUGGGAGGAGUUAGAGGGGUGCGGAUAGAAUGUACACCAUGUAUACUAGUUGUAAAUCAACACAUUGUAUGACAUAAAUCACACCGCACCAAAUGGUAUGUAAAAUACUGAUGUAUCAGCUCGUCAUUGUGCAAUUGCUUCGAAGCUUUUCUAUCAGGGUAUCUGGAGCUCAGUAGCUCGACAUACAAUCCAUUCUAUAACCUUUCCGGAGAAGCACAGCUGGAGACAGUCCGCUGCUCGCCUGCCUCAAAAUCCAGAAGCCAUGCUCUCCACCCACUUCCAUUGCUAUGAGCCUUUAUAGCCAUCCCAAAGUUUUGAACCUGCCUUCAACUUCCUAAACGCCAUUCAAAUGCAAGCAAUUCACCGACUCUCAGGAUCCUAUAAAUCAUGCCUUUCCACCAGACUUAGCCCCAUCCCUCAAACCCCCAAUCAACACAUCAACCUCAUCCAUAUCCGCCGCAUCCACCUUCUCCCCUCCCAUCUCCGUCGUCAAAAGAUCCAUGGCUGGCUGAAAAUUCCUGCACGCACUACUCAACGCAUAACACGCCUUCCUCCUCACACUCUCCUCCUCGCCCUCCCUCCUCGCAACCCUCACCAACUCCGGGAUACCAGUCUCCCCCAUCUCAACCAGCUUCUCCUGACUCUUCUCAUUAUUCUGCACCGCGGUUCCCACACACCACGCCGCCAUCUUCCUAAUCUCCGCCUCCUCGUGCUUCAAGCAAGACAGUAAUGGCGCCCAGAGGGAUAGCGGGGACAGGUUAUUGGCGUUGUCGAGGUUCUCAAUGAGCUGCUCGAAGUUGUCGAAGGCGAUGAGCUUGUCUUCGAGCUUUAUUUCGGGAUCGGUGGAGAGGAUCGCGGACAUGGAGAGGUUCAUGAGGUCGGCGUCGCUGGGGCCUCCGAAGAGGGCGUUGAGCGCGUCGGGGUUGAUGGGCCGGGAGGAGGGGGUACUGCCGUCUGCUGAGGGAGGUGUGGCUGUGGAGGUGGAGGUAUUUUCGACGCUCCAUUUUAGGAGGGAUUGGAGAUUUGGAUCCAUUGUGACGGCGUAUUGUGGUUUGUGGCAGUGAGGUGUGGGUUGAUGGAGGGGUAAUUUUUGUUUGCCCUUGGAAGGAUUGAGAUUCGCUGAUGGAGAUUCUCAAAUUGUGUUUGUAUGAGGCGACGAGAAUACUUAAGUGAGGUCUAAUAUUUAAAACAUUGACUUUUGGGGCGGUAGUCGCGGUUUGUACUUAGU